AUGCCUCACAAGCAUAAGAGACGUGAUAAAGAUGACUCUCACUUCGAUCUGCCCCCCUCGGUGAUUGCGAAGGCACUUCCAGUCCGCGACCAGCAAGCGAAGCCGAAAUCUGGGAAAAAAGGUCACUCUGGCAACAAGCCUCAACCGCAGCAACAGACGAAUGCGAAACCUGCAAAGGCCCCAGCGACGUCGCGCCGCAAGAAUGCGGCAGAAUUAGAUACCCCCAAGGCCUUCCAGCGGCUGAUGCAAUAUGCCAGCACGGGGAAGCGUCUCUCGGGAUUGGAUAACGGCGAGAAAAAGCAAGGAAACAAGAAGCGCAAGCGUGAAGAAGCAGACAGUAAAGCUCAGUCUUCUAAAAAACCUGCGCAGGAGAAAGCUCAACCACCGACGGCGAGUGACGACAAGGAUGCCAAGAAAGCCAUGCCAAAGAUCCUUCCUGGCGAAAGACUGGCUGACUUUGCGGCGCGCGUGGAUCGUGAGCUUCCCUUGUCAGCGAUGACAAAAUCCAGCUCGGGCGCACCCAAGGUCAAAGACCACAAGAUGACCAAACACGAGAAACAUCUUCGCCGUCUACAGGCUGGAUGGCGUGAGGAGGACGCCAAGAUUAAGGAGCGUGAGCAAGCUGAACGUGAAGAACGUGAAGCUGAGAUGGAAGAGCAACUUGAGAUUUUGAAGCAAUGGGAGGCAGAGGCACGAGGUGGAAAAGCCAAGAAGAAAGGAACUGUGGCAAAGAAAAAGAAGAAGGGCUCCAAUGGAGCCGACGACAGUGGUGAUGACGACCCUGAUCCCUGGGCGAAGCUAAAGAAACGCGACAAGGAGAGGCGGGUCAAUCCGUUUGACGUUGCGCAAGCACCACCGCAAUUGACGAAACCGCGGGAGAUUUUCAAGGUUCGAGGGGGAGCGAUGGUGGAUGUUGCCAAUGUCCCGAACGCCGUUGGCAGUUUGAGACGACGAGAGGAAUUGGCUAGCGAGCGAAAGAAUAUUGUCGAGGAGUAUCGACGACUGAUGGCCGAAAGGAGACAGUGA